AUGAUCUAUUUGUUUCUCUAUGUUGAUGACAUCAUUAUUACAAGCAACAAUUUCUCUCUUCUUGAUAGUUUUAUUCGCAAGAUCAAUUUUGAAUUCGCUACUAAGGAUUUGGGUUCCCUUAGUUACUUCCUUCUUCUUGAAGCUGCAUCCACCACUGAUGGUCUUCUUAUAAUUCAGUUAAAAUAUGCAUGGGACAUUCUCACACAAGCUCAUUUAUUUGAUAGUAAACCAGUCCACACCCUAAUGGUUGUUUCCCAGCACAUGUCUGUUGAUGGUCCUCUAUUUUUGGAUCACACGCUUUACCGAUCUCUCAUUGGUGCUGUCCAAUACCUGACUAUCACACGUCUUGAUAUUGCUCAUAUUACUGGGCAGGAUGCUCUAGCACUUAAUGCUCUACCUCUGGUUAUUGUAUUUGUCUUGGCGACAAUUUGGUGUCUUGGAGUGCAAGAAACAACCUACUGUUCCUCGCUCUAA